AUGAAUGGAAAGCAAAGAUUCGUCUACCUCCCCAAAACUGGCAUUGUUGCCUCUGAUAGCGGUUUGAAGUCGAUGAACAAGGGCUCAAAGACGGGUCAGUGCCCUGAAUCUGGCAUUGAGUACCAUGUCGAUGAGCUUAUCACGCUUAAUCCUCCCCCCGAAGAAGAAGAAGCCAUGAAAGAGCAACUCUACGCCACAAGGUUGAAGCAGGCUGACAGCAAGAAGAGCAAGAAGCGCAAGGCUGCCGCCGAUCAGCCUGAACAUACACCUAAGGCCAAGAAGGCUGACAAUAUCGAUGAUCCACCUGUCUCUGAUGUUGUAAAAGGCGCUAGAAAGGCAGUAUCGGAUGCGCUGUCCAACACGUCUAAGAAUGCAAACCAAAGCGACGCCGUCAAGUCUAUCUUUGGUCCUAAGGAUAUUCCAAAGUCAGGCAGACGGACAGACUCUGAGUGGAUGACCCAGGGCACUUGGAACCGAUAUGCCACCUAA